ACUUCCCGGAGCCGGGAAAGGGGUGUGGUUAUACUUUUCCCCUGCCUUCGCUGUGUAAAGGGUUCCUGUGCUACCACCUGGUCAUGAUGCAGGGCUUGCCCGCCAUCCCUGAGGAGAUCAGUAACUUCCUUGCAGAUGUUGACAUAUUCAUAUCAGAUAUCCUAAAAGGUGAAAAUUUAUCCAAAAGAGCAAAGGAAAAGAGAGAUGUCCUGAUUAAGAAGAUGAAAGACAUCAGGUCCAACUACCUACAAGAAUUUCCUGAAAUAGGAGAUCAUGAAGAUGGGGAAGAGAAUGAAACACCUGCUGCUCCUGACAGUCUCUCUCUAGCAUCUGACCAUUACGAUAAAGAGGAUGAAGGCCCUUCUGAUGGUCAUCAGUUUCUUCCAAUUGCAGCACAGGAUCUUCCAUUUGUUUCAGUGUCUGGAUAUUUGGAAAAGCGUAGAAAAGAUCACAGUUUUCUUGUUUUUGAGUGGCAAAAACGUUGGUGUGCUUUGAGUAAAACAGUCUUCUACUACUAUGGAAGUGACAAAGACAAACAACAGAAAGGUGAAUUCGCUAUAGAUGGCUACACCGUCAGAAUGAAUAAUACCCUUCGGAAAGACGGAAAGAAAGAUUGCUGUUUUGAAAUCGCUGCUCCUGAUAAACGCAUUUAUCAGUUUACAGCUGCUACUCCCAAAGAAGCUGCAGAAUGGGUAGAAAGGCUGAAAUUUGUAUUACAAGACAUGGGAUCUCCAACUAUUCCAGAGGAGGAAUAUGAUGACAUUGAGGAAAAUUCCAUACCUGCUUCUCAAUCAGGAGUAGCAACUAUUUUUGAUGACAUUUAUGAAGAGCUUCCAGAAGAAGCAGCAACAGUAGCUGAAAUGCCAGGAAAGAGUGAAGAAUCAAAGAAACAAAGCCAGGACACUAUAACCAGUAUUUCAGACAAUAAAAAAACCGAUUAUGUUAAUUUCUAUCAAGGUUUAUGGGACUGCACUGGUGAUAUUCCUGAUGAGCUGUCAUUCAAACGUGGUGAUGUUAUCUACAUUCUCAGUAAGGAGUACAGUAGAUUUGGCUGGUGGGUAGGAGAAAUGAAAGGAACCAUUGGCUUAGUGCCUAAAGCCUACAUAACGGAGAUGUAUGAUAUUUGAGAGGCAAGACCAGGCUGAUUCUGCAAAUUGGAAGCCAACGAGGGCUAUGAAGAGGCUACAGAGAUCUAUAUGAAAUGAAAGAUUGGGAAGAUAUACACCUUUUUACUUUCAUUUUUGCUAUUUGCUUUGAUACUCUUUGUUGUGGUAUACAGUUAUUUAGGGUUGUAUUUAUUAUUUACUUGGUAAAUGAGCAUGGCCAGAUUAUAUGCACUUGAAAUUUUAUGGAAGAGAGCUGCAAUAAAUUUUGAUGAUCAGCCUAAUUAAUUUCAAUAUCUGCAACAUAGCACAUCUUUGCAAGAUUUUAUGCCUCUACUUAAGUGAUACAUGGCAGUGGAUCUUUCCUGUAAACAUUGCUAUGAUCUGCUUUUUCUAUGAUCUGCACAUUAUAUAUAAUGUAAGACUCUGAUAGCAUAUGCAAUGAACAGCAAUAAUAGAAAUUAUAUUAGGCUGCUAGAAAUUAUAUUAAUGUAUUUGAUAAGUCUUGUAUAAAAUAAACAAAAUCCAUUUUUUGAGUUUAUUCUAUUUAUUCCAAAACUCAUGUUUCUUUUCCUAUAGAGAACAAGAGCCAUGUUGAUCCACAAACAAUUGCAAUGAUCCAAACUGCCUUUGUUUGCUUAUAAUAAUAAACUAUGAGA